AACUUUGAUAUCAACACAGCCUCCCAGGUCAGAUGAUGCCGGACGUUCAAAGAUUAGUUUAAAUUGUGUGUCCUCAUUAAUGACAGCUGAGAUAUGGCUUCCAUCCUUGAUCAGUAUGAGGAAGAAUCGGCCAGAGCAGCGUCGGUCCGCACAACCAUGCCACCUGUUCAGGAGCCGAUUGGACCUGGAUUCAUUGAUGCCAGACUAGAUACAGAUGUCCCAAUUUUCAGUAAAAAGAAAGUCAACUUCAAACCUCCUGACCCAAUCACACAUCUAGUGGUGUGUAAUAACUUUCUGGUGAUUUCUAUGACGAGUAAUAUAUUACUACGCCUCGAUCUGGAGCAUCCAGAAACACCAGAUGAGGUGGAACUCCCAAGAGCUGUUGAAGACAAGGUUUACAAAAUUUUCCUGGAUCCUACCGGUAGACAUCUUAUUGUCAGCAUGGAGUCCACAGAGAAUUACUACCUCUCCCGCAACUCAAAAAAGCCACGUCCCAUUGGCAAACUGAAGGGCCACCAUGUCCAUGCAGUUGGUUGGAACCUGCAGAAUGCCAAUGAAAACACAACAGGGGCUAUUCUCCUCGGCACUAGCAAGGGUCUGAUAUUUGAGACAGAAUUAACAGAUAAUGAAAACAGCCGCUUUUUUCAGGGGAGCUUAGACCAGUAUCUGAAACAGCUGUUCAAUCUGGGUAAAACAAAGGCUGUGGCCAUCACAGGACUGGAGUUUGACCGUAUGCCAUCUGAUGCCAUGACAGAAUACAAUUAUUUCAUCAUGAUAACUACACCAGGUCGUCUGUACCAGUUUAUCGGAAAUGUGUCCAAGUCAUCAGAGCCGCCGAUGUUCCAGCCUCUGUUUCAGCAGUAUGAAAACAAACCAGAACAGUUUCUGGAACUGCCGGGAGACUUUGGGAAUAGUGAACUGAAGUUGUAUUUGCCAAGAUUCCGAGCUGCACCAAAGAAAUUUGCAUGGAUGACUGGGCCGGGAGUGUAUUACGGGGAUGUAGAACUUACAGGGGCAGCUGGCCCCUCCACUGUCACCACCAACACAAAACUGAUGAACUACCCGAGUGACCCAGACGAUAGGGGCACUAAACCCCAGGCUAUGGCUCUCACAGAGUUCCACGUCCUUCUGCUCUUCCCUGACCGGAUCAAGGUUAUGUGUGUACUGAAUGAACAGCCCAUCUUUGAUGAUAUAUACCCUGAUAGAUUGGGGCGAUUGCUAGGACUCUGUAAAGACCCUCUAAAAGGCAGCUUAUGGACUUUCACAUCCCAGAGUGUCUUCAAGUACAAAAUUGUCCGAGAGGCAAGGGAUGUCUGGCAGAUGUACCUUGACAUGGGCCAGUUUGACCUCGCCAAAGAAUAUUGUCGGGACAACAUGGCCCAGAUGGACCGUGUACUGACCAAACAGGCCGAGUAUUUAUUUACCAAUGAUAGGUACGAGGAAAGUGCCAUGAUGUAUGCUCAGACACAGAACUCCUUUGAGGAAAUAGCCCUCCGGUUCAUCAAACUCGACAAGAAAGAUGCCCUCAAGUCAUUCAUCCUUAAGAAGCUCGAGUCCCUAAAACCACAGGACAAGACUCAGCUGACCAUGUUGGUGACCUGGCUGGUAGAGAUUUAUCUGAACCAGCUUGGCGAGCUGAAGGAGGCUGGCCGCGACCAAACAAAGGAAUAUGAGGACCUACAAGACCAGUUCCGAAUGUUCCUUAACCAAGGCAGAGUAAAGGAGUGUGUGAGUAAUAAUCGUGGUGUGGUGUACGACCUCAUUGCCAGUCACGGAGAUGUGGAGGAUAUGGUCUUCUUCGCCUUCCUAAUGCAAGACUUUGAGAAGGUGAUUACACACUAUUUGCAACAUGAUGAAUACAAGAAUGCCCUCAAAGUUCUCACAAAACAUUGUUCGGGAGAUGUGGACCUAUUCUACAAGUUCUCUCCCCUGUUGAUGCAGAACAUCCCACAGGAGACGGUCACGGAUUGGAUCAAACAGAAGGGAAACCUGGAACCCCUCCGUCUCAUCCCGGCUCUCGUACAGUACGACCAUAACAGAUACAGACAGCAGGGUAACGAGGCAAUACGCUACCUUGAGUUCUGUAUUCAGGAAAUGCAGAACAAGGAGCAAGCUAUCCACAACUACCUCCUGUCUCUAUAUGCCAAGCUACAAUCAGACAAACUGAUGACUUACCUGCAGAUGCAGGGUACAGACCCGGAGAGUAUCUGUUAUGACCUGAAGUAUGCCCUGCGCUUGUGUGCAGAACAUGAUCAUAAGAAGGCCUGUGUCCACAUCUACUCCCUGAUGGGACUGUAUGAGGAGGCUGUUGACCUCGCCCUGGCUGUGGAUGUUGAAUUGGCCAAAAGUCAGGCAGACAAACCAGAUGAGGAUGAUUUAGACCUCCGAAAGAAACUCUGGCUCAGGAUAGCCCGACAUGUGGUGGAGGAGGAGAAAGAUGUCAAGAGAGCAAUGGAGUUCCUCCAUGAUUGUGACCUCCUCAAAAUAGAAGACAUCCUGCCAUUUUUUCCUGACUUUGUCACCAUUGACCACUUCAAGGAUGCCAUCAUCACCUCACUGAAGGAGUAUAACCAACAUAUAGAAGCUCUCAAGGAGGAGAUGGACGAGGCGACAGGUAGUGCAGAGGAGAUCAGGAAGGAAAUUCAGGGCUUUCGCAACAAGUUUGCAUUUGUGAAGUCAGUGGACAAAUGUGCUGCCUGUGGUUUCCCUCUGAUGACCCGUGGAUUUUACCUGUUUCCAUGUCAACAUAAAUUUCACUCCGACUGCUUAAUAGGGGAGGUUGUACCUAAUUUAUCAAACAAGAAGCGAUCACAUGUGGAAGACUUACAGAGAAAGUUGGCAGAGCACGACGACGUAGGACCACAUAAUAUGUCUAGUCGCCAAGGGCAAGGUCCCAACCUAAAAAUAAUGGAGAUCAAGGCUGCGUUGGAUGAUUUGGUGGCCUCUGAGUGUAUCUACUGUGGAGAUUUGAUGGUGAGGUCUGUGGAAAAGCUGUUUAUCGAGGAGGAGGAAGAGGACCUGGCUAGUAAUGGAUGGCUAUAACCUUAGCUAGUCACAAGUGUUAUAGUAUCGGCUAGAAAAGGAUGGCUAUAACCUCCGUUAGCAGCAGAUGGCUGUAACUUUGUCUAAUAAUGGAUGGCUAGAAACUCGGCUUGUAACGGAAGGCUGUGACCUUAGUAAUGGAUGGCUACAACCUUGGCAAGGAACGGAUGACAAUUGUAUUGGCUAAUAAUGGAUGGUUAUAACCUCGGUUUAUAAUGAAUGGUUAUAACCUCAUCUUGUAACAGAUGGCUAAUACCUCAACUAGGAGUUGAUGGUCAUAGUACCGGCUAGUAACUAAAGGCCAUAGUACAACUAAUAACAAAUGGCCAUAGUACCGGCUAGUAACUAAAGGCCAUAAUACAACUAGUAACAAAUGGCCAUAGUACCGGCUAGGAA